UGUAAGGCAACAGCUACAUUAAGCACAGGCAAACCACUGACUUCAGCCUAAAGGUGUAUCGCACACCAAGACUCCUGGCUCGUAUAAGUGGCUAGAAAACACAAACUUAAAGUAAAACUUAUGUUCAUAGCAGAAAUCACAUUCAGUUUUCUUGCUGCUGACUCCUAUACGGGGGGAAAAAAUUCAUCUGCGGAACCAAAGUCGUUUCAGUCGUUUCAUCAGCGACACAGUUUGUUGCUGCACAUCAACGGACAAGCUCGCCUCUCGCAUGAAUGGAGUGAUGUUAUAAAAGCCUCGUCUCUGUAAUGGAAACUGAAAGCAAGCGUUUCCACACAGCUUUGUGUAGCUAGUAUCUGUCGAGUUGAAGCAAUAUUUCGUUCGGUUUAUGAUCCUCCCCGUUUGUGCGCCAAGCAGGACCUCUGUGGCUGUCAGUAAUCAACCAAAGCUAGCUAACGUUAGCUUGCCAAGCUAGUCAAACCAUCUUGAGCAACACUGACAGCGAGCAGAGGAAAGAUGGUUGAAACAGUGUUCGACCUCCCGGUUGAAAAGCAGAUAUUUUAUGCUGUGCUGGGCUUUUCGUGGACAGUAUACCUCUGGGAGGCGUACCUUGCUUACAGACAGAGGAGGAUAUACAGGUCAACUACACAUGUGCCACAGGAGCUCGGGAAGAUCAUGGAUACUGAGACGUUUGAGAAGUCACGUCUUUAUCAGCUGGAUAAGAGCAACUUCAGCUUUUGGUCUGGACUCUACUCCGAGACAGAGGGGACGCUGAUCCUGCUCCUGGGUGGAAUCCCCUUCCUGUGGGGCGUGGCCGGCUCGGUGACUGCUCGCCUUGGAUUUGGCCCAGAGUAUGAGAUAUCCCAGUCCCUUGUGUUUCUCACCCUUGCCACGCUGUUCAGUGCCUUGACCGGCCUUCCCUGGAGCAUUUACAACACAUUUGUCAUUGAGGAGAAGCAUGGCUUUAACCAGCAGACAUUGGGAUUCUUCUUCAAGGAUGCUGUGAAGAAAUUUCUAGUGACCCAGUGUAUCCUGCUGCCUGUGACCUCACUGCUCCUCUACAUCAUCAAAAUCGGCGGCGACUACUUCUUCAUCUAUGCCUGGCUCUUCACCCUGUGUGUUUCACUGGUACUUGUUACCAUCUAUGCUGACUAUAUUGCCCCCCUUUUUGACAAAUUCACUCCACUGCCAGAGGGAGAGCUGAAGACGGAAAUUGAGUCCAUGGCCAAGUCUAUUAGUUUUCCUCUCACUAAGGUUUAUGUAGUAGAAGGCUCCAAGCGGUCAUCACACAGCAAUGCCUACUUCUAUGGGUUCUUCAAGAACAAGCACAUUGUGUUGUUUGACACGCUGCUGGAGGACUACUCUCCCCUCAAUAAGACUGCCGAGCCACAGCCUGAGCAUGCAGAGACUGACGACACACCCAGCGAGCCCAAACCCAAGCCCAAGAACAAGAGGCAAGGCUGCAACAACCCAGAGAUCCUUGCAGUUCUGGGCCAUGAGCUCGGCCACUGGAAGCUCGGCCACACGGUCAAGAACAUCGUCAUCAGUCAGAUGAAUUCCUUCCUGUGUUUCUUCCUGUUUGCUGUUCUUAUUGGUCGGAAGGAGCUGUUCCAAGCUUUUGGCUUCAAUGAUAGCCAGCCCACAUUAAUAGGCUUGAUGAUUAUCUUCCAGUUCAUCUUCUCUCCUUACAAUGAGCUCUUGUCCUUCUGUCUGACAGUCCUGAGUCGCAGGUUUGAGUUCCAGGCAGACGCCUUUGCACGAGGCAUGGGGAAAGCUUCUGAGCUGUACUCUGCUCUCAUCAAGCUCAACAAGGACAACUUGGGCUUUCCUGUGGCUGACUGGUUGUUCUCCAUGUGGCACUACUCCCACCCUCCCCUGCUGGAACGCCUGCGAGCGCUGGGCAACGUCAAGCAGGACUGACGGGCUUGGAAGGGGGAGCAGCGAUCGCUGCCUCCUCCUAAGGGUCUGCGCAGGCCGCUCCUGGCCCUGUGAUGCACCCUCGUCUUUUUCUACCUAUCUGCUCCCCCCCGUUAUCCGGUUUUAGUUGUUUCUUCACUUGACCAUUUGUUUCCAUACAGCUCCCUUUGCUUACAACUUGCUCCAAACAAAACCAAACUAGAUCAGCACAAAGCAGUCUCAGAAAUCUUACCGGGCCUGAAGUGAAGUUCCCGCUCUUUCCUAAAGCCAGUAUGAAAACGCCUGAUAUGCACUUGCUGAGAGCAAUACAUCUGGGCAAUGUGUGUGCACAGAAACGCUGUAGUCAGAGCACAGGUCACACACUGCAAAGCUUUUAUUUCUUUUCUUGUUUUAUUUGUUAUAAUUAUGCUUUUUUAUGUCAUUCUAAAGCAAAUUUAACCCUACAAGUUGUCAUUUAUAAAACUUUAUAUUUUACAUGCAGAGCAUGCCACUUCCUUUUGCAAAGUUUUACAACUAUCAAGAGCAUGAUAGUGUGAUCAUUACAGCAUUUUGUUUUUUGAGAAACAGUAUGCUAGUUAGUCCCAGUAUACUGAGGUUUUAUUGUUUAAAACCAAAAACAGACAUGAGAAGUGUUCACACCUUUUUGACGUACUCGUGAGUGUUUUUGCAGAUACACAGGCCAGAAUAUGUCGAGUUGUCCCCCAGUGCAGCUGCUGCUUAUUUGGCAGUGCCUUUUUCAGGCCAGCUCAGCUCAGAGUCAAUGUCAUCUAAAACCCAAGUCUGGCAGAUGGAUCAUUGUACCUGUUUUAUUUUGAUGAAAACAUUUGAGUGCCUCUGAUUGUGUAUGACUCUGGCCAGAUCGUAGACACUGUUAUGAACAGGACGGUGCAAAAAGUCACAUUAGAUUUUGGAUUUUCAUUUUUACAUGCCAUGGGGGUGGGGCGGGUUGGGAGGAGCUUGUUUUCCUUCUUCUAAUGCACUUGCUUGCAAACAAGGGUCCAACCGUACUUGUACUUAUGUAACUUUGAUGGAUAGCAUAAUGGCGUAUGAAGUGAUUUGUGGAAAAUAUUGAAUGUGGUUUGAAAUUUUAAGUUGACCAGCUGUUUAGUUUUUUUUUCCUUUUUGGUUUUGGGCUUGUGGGAGCCCAAAGUUGAAUGGCAAGCAGAGUAUUUAUGGAUGACUGGAGGGUGGGUCUGCCAAGAUCUGCCAAGUCAGUGUUUGGUUUGUUAGAAGAGGGAGUAUACCAUACUGUUUGUUAGCAGUACUGAAUAAAAUCUUUCAAAGCAUU